AUGACGAGAAAUGUGUUCCACACGCUCUGGGCUUUGGACCAGUUUCUGUACAGAAAGGUGCCGGAGCCGCGGCGGGCGGAGCCGGGUCCUCUGGGCUCCACUCGGCUCCCCCUGCCCAGAGCCCCCUCUCCACGCCGGUCCUGCCGAGCGCCCGCCCCGCUGACCCCUUCCCUCCCUCCCGGGCUGGCGCGGGCGGCCCCGCUGCUCACCCCACCCCGAGGGCGCUCACCUCCUCCUCCUCCUCCUCCUCCUCUUCCUCCUCCUCCUCCUCACUCCCGCCUGGAGACCGUCGGCACCGACGCGCCGCCGUGCCGGCCCCUCCCUCGGCUCAGAGCCGGCCCCCCUCCCGCCCCGCCGCCCGGGGACCCUCCCUGCCCGCGGGGAGAGGGGACCCGCCACCCGGGGGGCUCCCCCCGGGAUGUCCCGGCUGAUGGAGCGGGGCGGGGUGGGGGGGGGGUGAGGAGAAGGGAACCUGAGCGAAGUGAUGCGGGAGGGGAAACAAACCGUGCGAAGGAAGCGAGGAGACACUCAGGAAGAGUUUGGGAGGGGUGGAAGGGGAAGUCAAAAUGAGUAACAUCUAAUGGAGUGACAAAACAAAAUUUCCACAGAGUACAGCUGUGAGAAGCAUCAACACCAGUAACUUGAGGAGUUAUGUAUUUUUUCCUGCUCUGGCUAGUCAGUGAUUAUGAAAGAGUGACGAGAAGGCUGAUUUGCAUAAGAAAUGCCCUCAGGACAAUGCGGAGUUUUGUUUCACGAGUUUUUAGGUUCAAAAA